AUGCGUAAAGCCGAGUGGUAUGAUGCGGCUGCUGGGCCUCAUCGAAACCUCGCUGAUGCGCGCGACAAGGUGGAGCAUCAAGCGAAACGCAAGAUGUUUGCGCACACUUUUGCGGCCAAGACAGUCGUUGCUUUUGAACCGGUGCUACGCGAGAAUCUUCAACAUGUGCCGCGUUUUGAAUUAUAUGUUGACCGAUCUUUUGGCCAACUCCUCUACGGGCAUAAACUCGGCUGUUUUGACCGUGGGAAUGACAUGCUCGAUGCCGAGUCUCGAGAGGGGAAAAUCUACCGCGUUCCAUUCAUUGACUCACUCCUUAACGCGACGAUGAUUAACAAUCUCCUUGCUAUCUUUUCACACAUUCUGCCCGUUGCCAAAAGAUUAGCAAAGCACCACUCGUACAAGAAGAAAGGAGUGGAUUGGGAGAACAUUGUGUACCACAACACGAAGAAGCGAAUGGCCAACCCGGAUCCUGAAGACGAUCUUUUCACGCGUAUGCUGCAGGAUAACAAAGGCCAGGCGUUGAAUGUGCCUUUUGGCGAAAUUAUGUCCGAAUGCUCCUCGAUGAUGAAUGCCGGAACCGAAACAACGACAGCGGCAAUGACCAACACUAUCUUCCUACUCUAUACCCACCCAGUGGUGCUCCAAAAGCUGCGCGAGGAGAUUGACUCUGCAGCCCCCAGAAACGAAAUCCCUGCGUACGACGUUAUGUCGAGGUUGCCAUACCUUCGUGCUUGUAUUGAAGAGCCACUCCGUGUUCGCCCGGCUAGCUCUUUUGGUCUCCCACGAAUAGUCCCAGCUGGUGGGAGAGAGAUCGCAGGAAAGUUCGUUCAGGAAGGAGUGAUAGUUUCGGUACCAACAUACUCGCUUCUACGAGAUGAGAAUGUCUUCAAGAAUGCCACCCAGUAUAACGCCGAUCGCUGGCUUACUGAGGAUGCGGGAGAGAAGAAGAAGAUGAUGACCAAUCAUUUGCCCUUUAGCACUGGUCCUCGUGCCUGUAUUGGCCGCAACAUUGCGUAUUUUGAGCAAACUGUGGUGAUUGCUACAAUUUUCAAGUUCUUUGAUUGUAAGGUCGAGGAAGGAUUUCAACUCGAGACACAGGAAAGAUUCAACUCCAACCCCGGCGACCUUCCUAUGGAGGUCACUCGUCGAGCUUCCUGA